AUGGGAACGCCUCAGAUCGGCGGGACGCAUUGGUUAGCAGUCUCAAACAAAGAUAAGGCCUAUUUCGACCCUCUAGGAUUACCAAGACCACGUGUGAUACCAAAGGAUUAUUCCUAUCGCGAAAUGAAUCUUACAAACUUGGAUUAUAAGAUCAUCGACGAAUACGAAAAUUAUGACAAGUACUUUGUAAAGGUGUUUGGUCAGGGAGAAGCUUUCUGGUGUUAUUUCAUUUGCUAUGAUUUAGACGAGGAUGCGUUUGUUUUACAGGUCGAUCAAUUGCUUUGUCGUGAGCAUCCAUUCAAAUAUGGAGAGCACAUUAUGAUAAGUGCCGACAGUUGCGAGCUCGAGAUGUAA